AUGAAGCUGACGCGCAAGAUGGUCCUGUCCCGGGCCAAGGCCUCGGAGCUGCACAGCGUGCGGAAGCUCAACUGCUGGGGCAGCCGCCUCACAGAUAUCUCCAUAUGCCGGGAGAUGCCCAGCCUGGAAGUGGUCCCCUCAGGUACUCAACACCCCCCGGCCGUCACUCUUAAGUCACUGGGCUUGAAGAGGAGGAGAAGGCCCAGAUCCCUCCCGCAGGCUGCUAGUCACCCCAGAGUCCCGGCCAGGCCUGCAGCCCCUUGGCCCCGCUCUCCUUCCUGGGGGGCACUCGCCCUGCUUGCCCUGCCUGUCUCCCUUGGUGAGCCCCCCCUGGAGCCUGUGNGCCGCUGCCGGCAGCUGAGCGAGCUGUACCUGCGCGGGAACCGCAUCGCCAGCCUGGCCGAGCUCUCCCACCUGAAGGGCCUGCCGCGCCUGCGCGUGCUCUGGCUGGCGGGGAACCCGUGCUGCGGCGCCUGUCCCCACCGCUACCGCAUGACCGUGCUGCGCACCCUGCCCCAGCUGCAGAAGCUCGACAACCAGGCUGUGACAGAGGAGGAGGUGUCCCGAGCGUUGAUAGAGGGAGAGGAGGUCACAGCCCCCAGCCAGGAGGACACGGGGAACGGCCAGCCCGAGCUGUCAUAUGCACUGAGCACCAUGGACGCCACCACUGAGACGUCACAGGACCUGCUGAGCCUCAGCGAGGAGGAGGCCAGCGUCCAGGGACAGCUCGGCCUGAAGCCCCCUUCGCGGGACCGAUUUCCGUCCUUCUCACAGAGGGAGGCCGCAAGCAGUCUCAAGAACAGGAACAACAUCCUGACGGCCAUCCUGCUGCUGCUGCGGGAACUGGACAGUGAGGGGCUGGAGACCGUCCACCAGACUGUGGUCUGCAGGCUGCAGGCCCUGCACAAGCAGGAGCUGCAGGAGGACAUGGAGUGACUCUGGGCGGCGCCUCGAGCUGCCAGUUCCUCCUCUCGGGACCGUGUGCUGAAGGCCAGCAUCUUCCCGAGCACCUGGGGGUUGGAAGCACAGCCGCGGCCUCGCCCCAGCACACAGGGCUGCGUCCUCAGGCAGCAGAGCUCUCGCUGU